AGUCCUAACACAGGGACUCACGGGACACCCGCAGAGUCCUCCCCACAUCCGUACACAAGGUGUCACACACAAUCACAAUCACACACUGUGCUAGGACAUACAGUCACAAAAUCACAAUUUCACAACCGCCCUUCUCGGCCCGUUCCGCCUGAACAGACUUAAUACUCAGUCUCAACCUCCGCACCGGAUUCCAGACGCUUCACCUCCAACCUCCUCCUGAUCCUGUAGUCUCCGAGGCGACCCGCUCAGAGGCCAGCACCUGGGUCGCGUGCAGUUCUCCCCCGAGCCGCGGGAGUCGCGAGGGGAGGGGGGCCGAGGGCGCGGCGCCUUCUGGGAAAUGUAGUUCAGCGCCACGCCCGCGAUGAGCAAGAUGGCGCCCGGCUUGAGCCCAGCCAAAGGGAUUACCCUCAUUCCCGAACCGUGUCUGAGAGUCUCGUGGGGGUCCUGGCUUAGUAUCGCACCGUGGCUGUUACAUAAAGUCAGCACAGCGUGUUUAAGCUGAUGUUACACCACUACCCAAUCCCAGGGAUAGAGUAAACUAAGACUAAGGCCUUACACCCCUGCCCCGGCCAGGGAGACAGUCCCACAAGCUCUGGCGGAGGAAAAGUUCGCGCGAAAAGCUGACUCAAACCGCUGAACCUUCUGGGAAAUGUAGUCUACCCUCAAAAGAGUGGCACGGAGGAAGGGCCAAGAUCUCUCGAUUCCGUCCGGUUCUGAGCCGGGGCCUGGCCCAGCCCAGGAGACCUCUGGGAGCGCUGCCCGCGGAAGGAGUGCGCAGGCGCGGAAUCUCCGACUCGCCAUGGUCGUCUUUGUCUGCUGGCCUGCUUCCUUGUACAUCCACAGGAGCUGCAAAACCUCUUAGAGUUCUAAGGGCCCUCCCUGAAUUUUGGGAUGCUGCUUUGUUCCCCAACCAUAACAUCCAAGUCCAGUGUCAUUUUUCUGCUCACAAGUUUAAAGUCAGCACUUAAAAGAACAGCAACAGAUGAUUGAGAAAGAAAUGUAAAGAAGGUUCUCUUUGUGUGAGUAAGCAAGAACCUGAAGAAGCCUGGGAAGUUUAUAAACAGAUAAAGACGCAACAUGAAAGACUUGUAAGUUAAGUCUCAUCUUUCUCUGUGAAAAUACAGACUGAGGGAAAAUUUAGGAAACAAAGUAUUUCCUCUGAACAGUCAUUGAUUCUUCAAGACUACCCUUCUGUGUAUGGAACUCAGCUUAAAAGAAUUUGAAACAUAAUUUAUACACAAUUUAUACCUAAAUAUGAGAGAAGCUGUAUAAGAACCAUUAAGAAUAUAAAGAGAAUGUUACAUUUUAUCCCUUUUUGUAAUCAUCUCAUCUCAGGGUAAUCAAUGUGAGAAAAGUCUUCCAUCAUAAAUUUAACUUCAUUAGAUACCCAAGAAUUAAUAUUGAAAAUACACCAUAUGAAUUUAGUGAAUGUGGGAAAGCUUUCAUCCUUAUUACAUCUUAUUUGAUACUAGGGAAAUCUCCUGAUUAAAUUCACAUGCAUGAUAGGCAUGUUGGAAAGUCUUCAGCAUGAAUCAGAUCUCCUUCAGCAUGAUCAAAUUCAUACUGGAGAGAAACCUUAUGAAUGUAAUGAAUGUAGAAAAACCUUUAGCCUGAAGCAAAACCUUGUAGAGCAUAAGAAAAUGCAUACUGGAGAGAAAUCUCAUGAAUGCACUGAAUGUGGUAAAGUGUGCUCUCGAGUCUCAUCCCUUACUCUACACCUUAGAAGUCACACAGGAAAGAAGGCAUAUAAAUGUAAUAAAUGUGGAAAAGCCUUCAGCCAGAAGGAAAACUUCCUUUCUCAUCAGAAACAUCACACUGGAGAGAAACCUUAUGAAUGUGAAAAAGUUUCUAUUCAGAUGCCAACCAUCAUCAGACACCAGAAAAAUCAUACAGGAACCAAACCCUAUGCAUGUAAGGAAUGUGGCAAAGCCUUUAACGGCAAAGCAUAUCUCACUGAGCAUGAGAAAAUUCAUACUGGAGAAAAACCAUUUGAAUGUAAUCAGUGUGGAAGAGCCUUCAGCCAGAAGCAAUACCUCAUUAAACAUCAGAACAUCCAUACUGGAAAGAAGCCCUUUAAAUGUAGUGAGUGUGGAAAAGCUUUUAGCCAGAAGGAAAACCUCAUUAUACAUCAGAGAAUCCAUACUGGAGAGAAACCUUAUGAAUGUAAAGGGUGUGGGAAAGCUUUCAUUCAGAAGUCAAGCCUCAUUAGACACCAGAGAAGUCACACAGGAGAGAAACCUUAUACAUGUAAGGAAUGUGGGAAAGCCUUCAGUGGCAAGUCAAAUCUCACUGAGCAUGAGAAAAUUCAUAUUGGAGAGAAACCCUACAAAUGUAAUGAAUGUGGAACAAUCUUCAGGCAGAAGCAAUACCUCAUUAAACAUCACAAUAUUCAUACAGGAGAGAAACCCUAUGAAUGUAAUAAAUGUGGAAAAGCCUUCUCUCGAAUCACAUCACUUAUUGUACAUGUAAGAAUUCAUACAGGUGAUAAGCCUUAUGAGUGUAAGGUCUGUGGGAAAGCCUUCUGUCAAAGCUCAUCUCUUACUGUGCAUAUGAGAAGCCAUACAGGUGAGAAACCCUAUGGUUGUAAUGAAUGUGGGAAAGCCUUUUCUCAGUUCUCAACCCUUGCUCUGCACAUGAGAAUCCAUACUGGUGAAAAACCUUAUCAGUGUAGUGAAUGUGGGAAAGCUUUCAGCCAAAAGUCACAUCACAUUAGACACCAGAGAAUUCAUACUCAUUAAAGUUCUCUAUGAAUGCCUUGGAUUUAGCAAAACGUUCAGCAGAUUUUACACUUAAUAGUGUAUUGGAAAAUUCAUUUUACAUUAAAGUGACAUGAAUGUGGGAAGUGCUUCAGCAGCAAUUCAAAACUUAAAUACUAUGAUGUUUAAUAAGUAUUAUAGUAUAAAGAAAACCCAUACCCCCAAAACUCCCGCAACAAGCAUUAUGGAUGCUGUACUUCUAGGAGUAUACUCAUUAAAGUUAGGAUCUAGUCAUGGACGCUACUUAAUGUGUUCCUGGAAGGCCUACAGAUGCAUUAAGAAAUAGAUAUGAGACGUAUGAGGAUUUGAAAUUAAGAGACAAAAUUAUCAUUUUUGUGAUGUUUUGCUACAUAUAUGAAUUGUAAAACUAGAAUCAUCAAAAUUAUUUGUUGUUGAAGCCGUCAUAAAACUGAGACUGAGACAGAAUAUUGAAUUCAGAAAUGUGUGCAUGAAUAUAUGGGGAAUUGGUAAUUGAUAGAGGCGGUAUCCCAGAUUGGUGGGGAAAUCAUGGAUUACUUAAAAAUUAAUUGACUCUUCAUAUGGAAAACUAAUAUCUCCCAUCAUAAUAUAAAAUAUUUUUCUUAUGAAUUCUUAAAGUACUGAAGACUAAAAUGCAAAAAGCAAUACUUAAUAAUAUAACAGUUUUAUAAGAAGAUGUUUUUAAAACCUUAGGGCAGGAAAGAACUUCUAAAACAUUCCAGAAUACCCGGUAGUUCCACUCUUGAGUAUGGUAGUCCCCUAUUUUCUGCAAGAGAUGGACUCUAAGACCCCCAGUGGAUACCUGAAACCCAGAUAGGACCAAACUCUAUGUCUAUGUUUUUUUCUUAUAUAUACAUACCUAUGAUAAAAUUUAGUUUACAGAUUAGACACAGCAAGAGAUUUAAAACAAUAAUAAACAUAAUAUGGAACAAUUAUAACAAUAUACUGUAAUCAUAAAAGUUAUGUGAAUAUGAUCUUUCUCUCAGAAUACCUUAUUGUACUGUUCUCAACUAUUUAUGAACUGUGGUGAUCACAGGUAACUGAAACCAUGGAAAGCAAAGCUGUGGAUAAGGGGGAACUACUAUAUAUAUGCAUCUACCCAAGAAACAUGAACACAGGGAGUCAUGUACUGGUCUGUAGCUGUAUAGUUCAUUGCACCAUGAGUUAUAGUAGCCAGAAGUUGGGAAACAAAUGCUGUCUCUUGUGAAAUAGAUGAAUAAAAUGUGAUAUAGUAACAUAGUAGAGUACUCUCUAUAGCAGUUAAGUGACAAAUUAAGUCUAUAUAUUAACAGAAAUAUUUUUAAAAAUUUGAAGAAAAAUGAUGAACAUAUUGUAAUGAUGCUUCUAUGAAUUUGAAUAAAAUCAACACUAACCAGCCCUAGUACUAAGAAUUGGUUAUGGAUAAAUUAUGUAAAACUAAAGAAUGGAUUGAAAGCAUAUGUAUGUACUCAGUUCCCAAAAGUGGAGUGGUUACCUCUAGGAAGAAAGGAGGUGGAAGGGAAAUGUUACCAAGCAUGGUAGUUAAAGGAUACUUCAAUUUUGUAUCUAUUUCUUAUUAAAAAGAAAUAAACAUUCUAAGUAAACAUAACGAAAUAUUAAUUCUGGGUGGUGGUAAUAUUUGUGUUCAUUCUAUCAUUCGUGCUAUUUAUUUCCUUAAACUUCUGAAAGUUAAAAAGUCCAGAUAGGAGUGAGGAAGCUGUACAUGAAACAUAAUGGACUUACAUUCCUAGUCAGAUACUAAUAUUCUGUAGAAGAUAUUUCUAAAAUCAUAUCUUUAAAAUAUGAAAUAAUUUUAAAUUGGGGUGGCAACUUAAAUUCAAUUAAACUAACUCGUGUCACAAGAGUAAAUUUUACAUAAUCUGUACGUAGUUCUAAUCUGUAUAUAGUCUUGGAGGUUAUGAUUUGCCGCAGGUUGGUUGGAUCACAUACAUUUAAGGAUCAUAUUAUUAAAUAAUAUAUGCACAGACAUGGAGAGAAUUAGUUUUUACUAAAACAUUUAUCAGAAAUUUUAAUACUCUGCAUAACCAGUAUUAGCAUUAGAAAUUAGCCACUUUUAAAAUGAGAAAACUGUGUCACUCUUCAAUUUUUUUUAUAAGCCAUUGAGGAAAACAUUAACUCCUGGAUUUCAGCUUCACUUUUAACCUGCAGACUAAAUUUCUUUCUCAAUUAUGUCAGACACACCCAAGUCAAUCCCAACCCCCUUGUUACCUUGGGAAGACCGUGCUGAAAAAGGAGAUCUUCCACCUAAACAGUGUUCUCUUAUUUGAAGCAAAUCUUUUUGAGAAUUUGUUUACUUGAUUUCUUUCCACAAUAAACUGACAGAGAAAGCUACUAAUGAUUUUUUUUUUUUUGAGACGGAGUUUUGUUCUUGUUGCCCAGGCUGCAGUGCAAUGGCACAAUCUUGGCUCACUGCAACCUCUGCCUCACAGGUUCAAGUGGUUCUUCUGCCUCAGCCUCUUGAGUAGCUGGGAUUACAGGCAUGCGCCACCACGCCCGGCUAAUUUUGUAUUUUUAGUAGAGACGGAGUUGCACCAUGUUGGCCAGGCUGGUCUUGAAUUCCCGACCUCAGGUGAUCCACCCGCUUCGGCCUCCCAAAGUGCUGGGAUUACAGGUGUGAGCCACCAUGCCUGGCUAAUUUUGUAUUUUUAAUGGAGAUGGGGUUUCUCUAAAGGCUGGUCUUGAACUCCCGACCUCAGGUGAUCCGUCCACCUUGGCCUCCCGAAGUGCUGGGAUUACAGGCGUGAGCCACCGUGCCCGGCCUGAUGUUUUUGAAUGAUUAUGAAAAUGGGUAUAAAGCAUUAAAACCUUAGACUGAUUUUAAAUAUAUUAAUUUCUUUUAAACUCAAUAUAAUGUUAAUAUUACUAUAGCACUUAUUAGCAUUUCUGAAGUUUGGUCUUGAGAUAAGAUUGAAAAUGACAGUUGUUGAUUUUCUGAGGUAAUAUACCCAAAUAAAAUAUAUGUAUGUGUACAUGAAUCUAAA